UCCAACCAUCUCUCCCUCUCUCUCUCUCUCUCUCUCUCUCUCUCUCACACACACACACAGAAGCAUAAUAUUGGCUACCUGAUGUCCAUGGCCAUGGGGUUGCUGUGGAUGGUUCUUUGCAUGAAUAUUAUUUGGUUGAGCUUUGUUUUUGUGUCGACGGCGGAGCUUCAGCGAUUUGAGCACCCUGUGAAACCUGAUGGCUCACUCAGCUUUUUGGCGGUUGGUGACUGGGGUAGAAGGGGUGGUUACAAUCAAUCACACGUUGCUUUUCAGAUGGGGAAGAUUGGAGCCAAAUUAAACAUUGACUUCGUCAUCUCCACGGGUGACAACUUUUACAACAGGGGAUUGACCAGCGUCAACGACCCUGCAUUUCUAAAGUCAUUUACUGAAAUCUACACUGCUCAGAGCCUGCAAAAGCAAUGGUAUCUUGUUCUCGGCAACCAUGACUACCGGGGAAACGCUUUGGCCCAGUUGAGUCCGGUCCUUAGGAAGAUGGACAGCCGGUGGCUUUGCCUCAGGUCCUUUCUUGUCAAUACACAAGUUGCAGACUUCUUCUUCAUUGACACCAACCCUUUUGUGGACAAGUACUUUUUGAGGCAAAAGUACUACAGGCAUGACUGGAGAGGUGUUCUUCCUAGGAAAGAGUACAUCUCCAACCUCUUGAAGGAUCUAGAUUUUGCAUUAAGGAAAUCUUCUGCAAAGUGGAAAGUUGUCGUUGGACAUCACACAAUCAGAAGCAUAGGGCAUCAUGGAGACACCAAAGAAGUAGUAGACCAAAUUCUGCCCGUUCUUGAGGCAAACAACGUUGAUGCGUACAUAAACGGACAUGACCACUGCUUGGAACACUUACGUGACACCAACAGCCAAAUGCAAUUCUUGACCAGCGGUGGUGGGUCGAAGGCAUGGAAAGGGGAUAUCAAAGCGAAACGAAAUGGAUUCAAGUUCUACUAUGACGGGCAAGGCUUCUUAUCUGCACAACUUACAGAAACUGAUGCAGAAUUUGCAUUCUAUGAUAUGUUCGGUACAGUUCUGCAUCGUCUGAAUCUAUCCAAGCCUAACAAAUUUCUUUACAAUUCCAUGUAGAAGUGCAACAAAAGAAAGGAUGUCUCAUAAAUAAAAUGAUCAAAUGUUGUUCUUGUAA